CAAUGGUUGGAGAUUGAGUGACAUGGCUCAGAAUCGACCACAAUGAAGUUGGUGUAUACACUCUGUCUUCCCUUAAACUGUGAGACUAAAAUUACUUCAUACCUUCCUACGAACUAACUUUCUUCCUGUACUAUAUCAUUAUAUGCAAUCUUCUUUUAUUUAUUACCACCAUUGAAUUAACUACUAUGAAUUUUGGUGUUCAUCUUGCUGUGCUAAUGAGGUGUGGCAACUUGGACCGAUGCACAUAUGUGCGUGGUCCUACGUUGUAAUUGACUGACUUAAAAGAGCACUCCAUUCUAGAAUAUCAGGUUACUGAAAGUGUAUUUCUAAAGUCUGCAAAAACGACCUGUAUAAAACCAGUGGAUAUUAACAAACUUUUCAAACUAUUGAUACUCAAAAUUUGUCAGAACAUGAACACGACUAAUAAAGAAGCUAUGUCUAUUGACUAUUCGGGUCUUGUUAAGGUCUUCAGUAAGUUACUUGUUAUACCUUUUAUUGGUAAACUAAUAUAGAUGAGCACCAUAACAAUUAGAUUUACAUGCUCAGUUUUAGCUGUACUCUUAAAAUUAGUAAUAUUGUCUGACUGUCCAAAUCGAAAUAGGUAAAACGACGUCCAAACCACUGUCCAAUAAUUGAAACUCCAGUGUUUUAACCACUAAGACACCCUCUACUUUGUCAUUAAAACAUGUAACUAAAGAUUUCAGUAGGUAAGUGCUGAGAGUCCGUAUUAUGUAAGUAGACAGACAAUCCAGUGACCAUGCCGAAACCACUGACCUUGUCUCAGUUAUACGUAACCCAAACCACAAGCUUUAAUGAGAUAUAUUGCUGCUGGAACUUCGUAAAAUACUCUUUUCGUCUAGUCAAUGGAGUAGCUGUACUUUGUGCUUUACUCUAUGGGUAGAUGAGAAAUUAUACGUAGUCAUCACUCAACGUUAUCAGUAAAAUAAAAGGAUCGUGAAUUAGACAAGCUUAGAAACAUAAUUAUCGUUGCAUUUUAUCACAAGCGUCCGUCCAUUUGUAUUACGAAUCCACCGUCAUCACUUGUCCACAGGGAAGUUAAAUCCAAUGUAAAGCUCUCACGUCAGACUUUAGACAUAACUCUGUUGGGUCACUAAAAUUUUACUACCAUGCCUUGUGACCAGAAUAUAAUACCUGCUUCUAUAAACUGAGAAAAUUUUUAACUUCCCAGCACUUCAUUUCAUGGUGAUGGGAACCCCAAAAAGCACAUUUAUUCUUGGUUGAGAUUUUAAAAGUCAGAUAUUUUAGUAUCUUAAGUAUGUGUACCGCUAAUUCCGUCAUCCUUUUAUUGAAUACCUUAUUUUUUCUGCAGUUUUAGAUAUAACGGUUAUACUACCUUAUAGUGUUUUAAUGCAUUUGAAUAGUUUACGGUCAACUACUAGUAUCAGGACUUUUUCUGCUAUAUAGACUUCCUAUUAAUCGAUAGUUCUAACCUUACCUUGUCUAAUUGUUUUGUUUACAGCUUCUUAUGGGUGUUUUUGCACGCGUAAAUGCAGUCGCAUUCUCUGAAGACAUACCACUAAAUGAAACAGCUUGGGCUGCUAGUGGCUAUGCUCCCUUACAUGUAGAGGAAGCUUAUGUAAUGGUGUCAAAUAACUGUUUUAUAGCUGCUGGGAUCUACGUCGUUCUGCUAAUUUUUUCAGGUGUUCAAUACUAUUUCAAUAAACGAGCUAACUACUUAGCGCAUUAA